AUGGGUGGAGAUCGAGUGGGAGAGGAGGACGGCGGGCGAGAUGGUGCGGAGGUGGAGAAACGGUGGCGGUGGCGGAUUGGAAGCGGGGGGAUCUUCGCGUACAAAGUCGAGCUGGUUCGUUUCGUCACGCGCCUCUAUCAGGUAAUGACAAGGAUAAAUGGGAAGAAAAAGGAUGUUACAUCUUCGCGUAGCAAUCAUGUUGGGAAGUGCAACUAUGGGGCAUUGUACCUUGACUCAUUGGCUGUUCCAAAUGUUCAAAUUCCUGGUGGUCUUCAAAGAGUUGUAGCUUGGAAGAAGCCACUGAUUGACAAGGUUAUCAAACUUGAUACUAAUAUAGACGGCACCUUCGGGAAACUAAAAAUUAAGCAAGAGGAUCACUCUAUUGUUCAGGAAUCAUUACUCGGACAGAUGGAAGACAUUGAGAGAUUUGUUGCAUCAAAGGUCAAACCAAGUCUCUCAUCUCAGAAAAAGAGGAUGCUAUCUCAUACUGUCAGCAAAGUUUGUAUAGGUAUCACAGAGCUUGUGGGAAACUUCCUAGGAGAGGUCUCUGAAAUAAUUGAAGGAGACAAUCCCAUGGAUCAAAGUGAAACAACACUUAGAAGAUCUAAGCGGACAAAAAUCAGCGAAGAAGAUAAAGAUAAUGUUGAUGAAACAUCUUUGGAUUCUGAUUAUGAAGAGGAAGAAGAAUAUGACGACGAAGAUUAUGAAUCAAGCCAAGACAAUGUGAGUGAUGAGGAGGAGCAGGAUUCAGGUGCAGAUGAAGGCAGAGAUGUAGAAGAUGAAGAAUUGGGUCAGGAGGGAAACCCAGCUAAUGAUGAUAGAACCAGAUGA